AUGUCUAAACAUAGCGGUAAUGCUCCUGUCAAGCAGGAUGUGCGUGUGUUCCAGUCCACCAUUGACACUUCUUCAAUUGUUUCAACGGUGUUUAAUCAACCUUCUUUCUACAUGGGAAUUGUGAAUAUGGUCAUCAUGUAUCUCACGCAGCGUUUCCCAGAGGAGCUCAUGUCGCCAAAGUACUUGACGAUGACAUAUAAUGGUAUUCGUGCUCCCGCUAUGUUAACUAUUCCAUUCUGCUGCAUUGCGGGUGGAUAUUUUUCAGUGGCGAGUGUUAUUAGCACAUCUGCGUUUCCGUUAGCGGGUCACUUGUGCGGCUACACACUUAGUCUCGGCGUUGGACUCACGAUGUUGACCUUCCGCCGGGUGUCGUGGUACUACCCGCUGCUUGGGGUGAUGUAUCUCUCGUUUGGCGGCUUUCACCACUACCGGCGGAUGAUGGUGUACGGCGACAAUGCCCCCAUUUACAACUGGGGGGAUAUGAGCGAAAUAUGGAAUGCGCGUGCGGAGGCAAAGCGGGAGGCCAGACAACAACGUUUGUUAGAAAAGGAGGCGAUGAGCUCACAGAAAUGA